GAUAACGCUCCAGCUCACUGUUCGAGGUCGACCAAGGCGUACAUAGUGAAACACUUCCCUAGUACGUAUAUUGUCACCUGGCCUCCCCACUCUCCAGACCUCAAUCCUAUCGAACAUAUAUGGAUUUGGAUGAAGCGAUGGAUCGAACGCAACUAUCCUACCCGGCCAACUGGGGAGGCCUUGAAGGAAGCUGUUUUGCGGACAUAG